UUAGAUGUCAAUAUUGUCAAUUUUGUUUUUAGUAUUAAAAAACAACCUUAAAUAACCAAUUUAUAAAAAAUAAUUUUCCUCGUAAAAUGUGGCCGAUUAUAUAUAACGCACUUAGGACCUAUGCACCGUACGUUACUUUACCAUUCGCGGCGUUAGUUGGGGUAGUUGGUUACAAUUUAGAAAACUGGCUUUCAGAUAAAUAUACUCCAUACAAUAAAUCUGUAAAGGAUCAGAGACAAGAUAGAGUUUUAACAGAAAACUUGAGCGAAUCUAACGAAAAAAAUAAGUUGAAAUACAAAACGGAUGUACUAGAUACCAAUCUGUCCCCAUCAUUGAGUUGAAAAUUAUCUGUGAUUUAUCUAUUACUAUGUAAAAGCUUAGUUAUGUUAAUAUAAAGUGAUUAAUUCAA